CUGUCUCGUGUCGUACCUCCUUUAACGCUCUCCCCUUCACUUCUCUCUCUCUCUCUGCUGCUCCAUCGCGACGAAGAAGAAGAAGAAGCCGAGGAAAAAGCUCGACGGAUUCACAGCGGACGGUUCCAUGGACCGAUGCCCUUUUGUUCGGAUAAUCGUCGGUAACCUCGCGCUAAAGGUUCUUGUGCCGCCGGCGCCCUCCGCCUCCCCCUGCUUCGCGAAGAUCCGCUUUGGCAAGUUCCCUCAACAGACCGCCAACGUUCCGAUCAUAGCUUCCGAUGGAAACUCCAUCUUAGACAACACGGAUUCCGUUGCUGGCCUGUUCCACCUAUCCAAGGCUGAUCUUGAUAGAAUCGCUAGAAAGUCGUCGCUUUUCGCCUCCUCCGCCAGCCGCGAUAAACUUAAUGUCUCCGUCUACACCGGCUCGCAGUCGCAGGGGGGUUCCUUCUGGUUGAGCUCCGGGAAGCUUCUUGGCAAGUUCACGAUGCGGCUGGACCUGAAGGGAAUCGCAAAGGACGGCGGGACGAGGGAGGCGAUGGAGUUCCACAGCGGGUGGGUCUCCAUCGGUAAGAAGACGGCAAAGAUCGGAAAAGGCUCGCCUUCUUCCUCCUGGUCAUCGGAGGCGCAGUUAUAUCUGACGGUGAAGGCCGAGCCCGACCCUCGGUUUGUGUUCGAGUUCGAUGGCGUGCCGGAAUGUAGCCCUCAGGUUCUACAAGUAAAGGGUAAAAUGAGGCAGCCGGUCUUCACCUGCAAAUUUAGCUGCCGCAAUGCCGUCGAUCGCGACAUAUGCUCCAGGGCGGCGGUUUCGGAGUCACGGAGCAGCAGGAAAUGGCUUUCGUCGUUCGGGUCGGAGCGGGAACAGCCGGGGAAGGAGCGGAAGGGCUGGUCGGUGACCAUCCACGACCUCUCCGGGUCGCCUGUGGCUCUCGCUUCCAUGGUGACCCCCUUCGUGGCCACCCCCGGAACCGACCGAGUGAACCGCUCCAACCCUGGUGCAUGGCUCGUGCUCCGCCCCGUGGACGGCACCUGGACCCCGUGGGGGCGUCUCGAGGCCUGGCGCGAGCGCGGAGGCGCCGGCGCCGGCGACAACCUCGGCUACCGCUUCGCGCUCCUCCCGGACGACACCGUAGGAACCAGCAUCAACCUAUCGGAGUCCACCAUCAGCACCGUAAAGGGAGGGCAAUUCGUCAUCGACCUGACUGGCGCAACCGGCCCCAGCCGACACUCCUCGAGCCACCGCGGGUUUGUGAUGUCGGUGACGGUGGCGGGGGAAGGGCGCGGCGGGCGGCCGACGGUGGAGGUGGCGGCGCAGCACAUCGGGUACUCGGAGGACGCGGCGGUGUUCGUGGCGCUGGCCGCCGCCGUCGACCUGAGCAUGGACGCCUGCCGCCUUUUCUCGCAGAGGCUGAGGAAGGGGCUGAGCGCGCCGGACUUGCUGCGGUGACCCAAACCCCACCACGAACACACCAACAAACAAGUAGCUUCUCUAUCAUCUCCUCCUCUCCUUGUACAGUACAGUCAUGGCGUCGGCAAUGCUGCUAACAGAAGCUCUUCAUCUUGUAAUCCGCUUUCUUUCUUUGGCCAAUUUUAAUCAACCAGUUGCAAUUGCAAACUGUAAUGGAUAAACGGACAAAGUUACUGUAAUAUUUUACUGAUUAAUUUGUAAAUUUAGAGAGUAA